AUGAACCUAAAAGAGGUCUCACACAACCCCUUGGUUUCUAAGGCGCUCAGCAUGCCUACAUACCCCAGCAAUUGCUUGGAAUUUGCGAAGCCAUUUUUCUCUUCGGUAACUGAUUCCCCUGACUACCUGCAAAGUGCCAAGGUGCCUUUGAAUAUCCUCCUGGUCGGUGCUGGAUUGGGUGGUCUUGCCACAGCCAUUGCGCUCACACAAAGUGGCCACAAAGUCACGGUGUACGAGCGGACCCCCGUACUUGGAGAGGUGGGGGCUGGGAUUCAAAUCCCGUCUAACUCUACUAGAAUACUCUUCAAGCUGGGCCUAAAGUCAUAUCUGGCGCCUUACGUGGCCGAACCCGAAUCCAUUUCAUUCAGAAGAUGGCAAAGCGGCGAAGUCAUCGGCAACACGAAGCUGGUCCCUGAUUUCACGCAGAAUUUCAGUGCUCCAUACUACGUAAUCCACAGGGCCCACUUUCAUACCGCGCUAUACCAGAAAGUUCAGGACAUGGGAAUUGAAAUCAAAUUGGGGGCCAACGUCGAAAGUUAUGAUCCAGUCGCCGGAAGCAUCACGCUUGCUGAUGGGAUAACCCACACCGGAGAUCUGGUCAUCGCCGCUGAUGGGAUCAAGUCCGUUGCUCGCACCGUCGUGCUCGGCGGAGUAGAUGUGACUUUCCAGAAGCCUGGUUUUGCAGCCUACCGCGCCACGGUAGAUGUGGAACGGAUGCGAAAGGAUCCCGAUGUUUCAUGGGUUCUUGAGAAGCCGGGUCUCAAUAUUUGGAUUGGCGAUUCGAGACAUGUCAUGACGUAUACUAUAAAGGCUGGAAAAGCAUUCAACAUGGUUCUAUCUCAUCCAGAUGCCACUGACCCAUCCACAUGGGACCCCAGCAAGGCCGUUGAGGAUAUGAAGGCCGAAUUCGAGGGGUGGGAUCCAGUACUCACAAAAGUUAUUGAUAUGGUAGAAAAUACACUUAAGUGGCCCCUCUCUAGCGGCUUGACUCUCGACAAAUGGGUGUCAAACAAACUCGUCAUCCUUGGGGAUGCUGCACACGCAAUGUUGCCCUAUAUGUCGCAAGGUGCCGCUAUGGCCGUUGAAGACGGACUAGCACUUUCCCGAUCCUUGUCCAAGAUCGGAAACAAAGAGCAGCUGGCGGAGGCUCUUUCUGUUUUCGAAAAGGUCAGGAUAAAGCGUGCCGGUCAGAUGCAGGAGGCUAGUCUGCUUAACAGUCAUCUCUGGCAUUUUGCCGAUGGCCCUUUGCAAGAGGCAAGAGAUUCAGCAAUGGCUCCCGAAGUGUUGGGAAUCGCCUUUAGCCACAGCCCCAACCAGUGGAGCGACCCUGCAACUCAGAUGUGGUGUUAUGGAUAUGAUACCGAGAAAGCUAUUGAUGAGGCAUGGGAGAAGAGCCACUUUUAG